AUGAAAAUUGUAAGAGACCUAAAAAGCAUUGUGAAACCUGGACAGGUUUUUGCUUUGAUACCGUUUUUCAAUAUGGAUCAAGAGGAAAGCUUCAAAUUGGAAACUGGUGGUAAAAUCUAUGGAUAUCUUGUGGCUUUUCUGUUGAUGGUUAGCUCGAUAAUGUUCUGCGAGGAUGUUUUAUUUGACUCAUGGGCAUACAAAUUGACAGCUAGCAAAUCGCCAGCCAUACAGGGAGACACCGAGGAAAUCAAUCGCACCAUCGAGACACUAUUCUGCAUCUGCAGUUACACCAUGAUUGUCCUGUCCAGUGUGCACAAUGGCGGCAAACAUUGUCGCACUCUGCGUGAGAUAGCCAAAAUCGAUGAGUAUCUGGAGGUGAAUGGCUUUAAGAGGCAAUACAGUUGCCGUAUGUUGGGCACAUUGUUGGCCAUAUCAUCUGCUGGUGUUGUUGUGGUGGCAUUCUACUAUGUCCAUUUUCUCAGCGAGAUGGACAUAGAGAGGCAAUGUGUUGUGAUGUUUGUCUAUAGCCUGCAACUGGUCUAUUCCUAUUUGUUUGCCAUCUAUCUGAGGAUCAUACUGAUGAAUCUGGCCCAGCGCAUUGAGUUCCUCAAUUGCCGCCUGGAUGAGUUCACCAGGCGCCAGGAGAAGUUUCCCACCUAUGACAAAGAGAACUGGCGCGAAUUGAGCAACUUGAUUGAGAUGUUUUGUAAGUUUCGUUACAUCGCCGAGAACAUGAACUCGGUAACGGGCGUGUCAUUGUUGUUCUUCUUCGGUUUCUCCUUCUACACGGUCACGAAUCAGAGUUAUCUGGCCUUUGCCACCUUGACCUCACUCCGGAGUACAGCCAGUAUGAGCAAUGUCAAGGAUACCAUGGGCUUAUCGUGUGCCUGGGUUAUUGCCGAAACAGCCACCAUGAUUAUCAUAUGCAGCUCCUGUGAUGCCUUGGCCUCUGAGGCCAAUACCACCUCCCAGAUACUAUCUCGGGUGUAUGGCAAAAGCAAAGAGUUUCAAAAUAUCAUUGAUAAAUAUCUAACCAAGAGCAUCAAUCAGGAUGUUCAAUUCACAGCCUAUGGUUUCUUUGCCAUCGAUAAUUCGACAUUAUUUAAAAUAUUUUCAGCUGUUACCACCUAUUUGGUCAUAUUGAUACAAUUCAAGCAGCUAGAGGAUUCCAAAUUGGAGGAUACCAUUGAGACGUCCGCUGCUAAAAAUUAA